AUGUUCCAGCAUCAUGAUGCCGCACUUUUCGUCGCCUCUUCGCCACAGCCACCUUUGCAUCCGGCAGGUGUCCCUCCGCGGGCCAUUGGCAUGCAAGUUCGCCCUUUCGAGAUGCCGCCCUCAGUCCCCAGGACGCUGCCCAUGCCGGUGACACCGCGCCCAGGGCAUUUCGCGGGUCCUCUUGUUCCACGGCUUCCAGUGGUGUCCGACUCUGUUCUUCAGGCUUUGCAGCCGGUCCCAGGCCGCGAGGAGAUCUGCAAGUACGGCCAGGCGUGUCAGCGGGCAGGAUGCUGGUAUCAGCACCCAAAUGGCCGCACCAUCGACCAGAAUCCGUUGAAAGCCAUGUGUCAUUGGGGUGCCGCGUGCGACAAGGUAGACUGCUGGCGAAUCCAUCCACCUGAGCGAGAUGACUUUGUCUCUCCGCCCCAGGACUUCUUCCUGUAUUUGGAUGAGAUCGCCAUGAACCGUCCUGACGUGGUUGCUAUGCCAACAGACAAGGAGGUCUUCAUCGAUCCAUUGCCCUUCGAGAAAGGCACCGAUGAGCUGGCGCAGUUCCUGGAAGCCUUUGGAGAGGUCGAAGAAGUUUUCCAGCUGUCGCUGCAGGCGCGCGGAUAUGUGCGCUUCAAGUUCCAUCUGGGCGCGGCUCGAUGCGUGAAUGCCAAAGCUGGUAUUUGGUCCGAGUCGGAGAGGGCGCUCAAAUCCGACAAGGCUGCCCUAGGCUACUCCGUGCAAUCUUCAUACCCGGGCUCGCUGAUUCUGGAUAUUGCAGGUGGCGUCGAAGCAAUUAACAUCGCAAGCCUCGCGGAGACAACAGGAGUCAGGUACCUGCGACUGAAUGCUGGCGGUCACAGCGGCUACGCCAAGCGAGUUGGAGCAGCCUCUGACUCUAGGGUUCACUUCAGCGGCAAGGCGACCCGAACACAGCUGGAGCAGCUCCGGCUCCAGGUCGAGGGAUUCAUCGCGAAGGCGCACCAGACCAUGGCUCGAAGGCUGGAGGCUCUUCGACCGGUGGAGCUCGUUGUCAGCGGCCUUCCAACGAAGAUGUUGCCAGCAGAGGUGGAGGAGCUGGUCCGAAAUUUCGGAGCCGUGGAGAGCGUGGAGCCUGUGCGGGCAGGAGAGGUCGUUGUGACCUUCGAGUCCUCCUCGUCCGCAGAGAAGGCCGCAGCAGGCUUGCGAGGCGAGUGUCUGGGCGAGCGAAGCCUCGAGUGCAGCCUCAAGCCUCGAGCACGGCCAGCCGAAUCUGCGCAGCACUACGUGGAAGACACCGCUGAUGCCGCUGUCGUUUUAGUCAUGAACUUGCACCCUGGAGCGAGGGCGGAUGAGAUCGAGACGCUUUUCGCGCCGAUUGGCCCGGCCAAAGUGCACUGGCCCGACCCCAGCACCGACGCAGGCUCCCUGCGCUUCUGCUACGUGCGCCUGGCAUCUGCAGACCUGGCGCAGCAAGCUGUAGCUGCACUUGCUGGUGCCACCCUUCGCGGCCAAGGCAUCCAAGUCAGCCCAACCAAGCCACGGGAAGACAGCGCUACACUCUUCGUGGCAAACAUCCCGUACGAGGCACAGGAGGCGAACGUCCAAGCAGCGCUGACCCCUGCCGGUAAAGUUACCGAUGUGCGCAUUGUGCGGAAUGGCAGAAACUGCAUCGCGUUUGUGGACUUUUCGCGGCAUGAGGAGGCGACAAAGGCAAUCCAAACACUUCAAGGCGCUGACUGUCUGGGAAGCCCUCUGCGCCUGGAUAUGGAGCAGGAGAGAAAGAAGCUGCUGCUGCUGAAUCGUGCACCCGCACCACGUGGAUCACAGAGGGCGCAUCGCAGCCAUUCUCCUAAGAAGCCGCAGCGGGAGCCGGAGCCUAGCAAGCUCUUUCUGGGCAACGUGCCCGCGGAGGCAACGGAGGAGGACCUGCGCGGCAUAUUCUGUGAUGUUGACGGGCUCAAAGAAGUCGCCAUUGUCCGGAACAAAGCCGACGACCACAGGGCUAAUUACGCCUUUGUGCGGUACAAGACGGCGGCGCAGGCAGCAUCGGCACUGGAGAAGUUCCGAUCUUUGGAGCUCUUUGGCAAGAAGGUGCGCGUGAAGCAGUCUGGAAAGGACAAUGAUGGAUGGUCGAACAAAAAGGGCCAUGCGGCGCAGGCUUCAAAGGGUCCUCUGGGAAAGGAGCUUGUCGUCAGAAAUCUUCCUGAUGACGCGCAAGAGGACGAGCUGAGGCUACUGUUCGAACCGAUUGGGCCGCUCUCAGAGGUAAAGCUGCUCCGGGAGGAGGGCGGGACGCACGCGCGGCUGGCUUAUCUGGAGGCCACUGAUGCGGCGACGGCGAUGGAGCGACUGCAUUGGGCGGACUUCCGCGGGAGCUCGCUGAAAGUCUUCCGACCGAGGAGCCAGUCACCAAGCCGGAAGCCAAAGCGGAGGCGGCCUCACCUCUUCGUUGGGAAUCUUCCUGCCGAACUUGACGAGGACGUCCUCCGGGAGACCAUGGAAGGAGCUGGCGAAGUGCAUGAGGUGCGACUGGUCCGCGAGAAGGGCGGCAAGUUCAAGGGUUGUGCCUUCGUAGAAUAUGCGGACCCAAGCUGCGUUGACGAAGCAAUACAGCUUCUGAACCACGCCAUGUGCUUGGACCGUCCGAUGAACGUGAAGAGGUAUCGGUCCCGGUCACCGUCACCCUCAGCACGCAACAGGAGCCGAUCGCGGUCGCCCAAAGUCCUCGAGCCACCCGAGGGGGUGUGGAGGCCUCCAGUGACUGUGCCUCCACAUCUCCUGGCACCACCGCCACCGAUGAUGCCUUUGCCUUUGCCACCACCAUUAUUUCUGCCUCCUCCGCGGCCAACGUCCGCAACGGGGCCGUCAACCCCAAGGCCAAGCGUGAGGCCGUCCUGUGCGGCCCACAUACGUGAUCAGGUCCCCAGGCCACCUAGGUCCAGGAGCCGAACGCGGCUUCCCCUGGCAAGAAGACCCCAAGAGACGCCUGGGCAAGCGUGGACUUAA